UAUUACUUAUAAAAGUUAUAUUUCAGAAUCAUAUCACAGCUUGUGUGACCUUAUCCAAUGGCAACAGGCUUCAGGGAACACCUUGUGCAACUCGAGAUGAAGCAGUUGAAAGCACAGCACGUAUAGCUCUUCUUCACUUGUCUGCUCAAAGUAUGAUGGUUCCAUAUCAGUUGAUGCCUCCGCAAGCCGCACCCCCUGGAAUCAUGCCAGCCACACACCUUGGACAAAUACCCCAACAGUUUUCAUCUCCCAACUCUGCAUUCAGCCCUGUGGUUCCUAGAGGGCCUGCCCCAGGCUGGGGCAUAGUCCCUCAACAUCUUCAGAAGCUACCCUGGUAUACAACUCAAGCUAACCUCAAUUCUGGAGGCACUGCAGCACCAACAGUAUUAUACCCAGGAAAUGCUGGUAACCAGUUUGCAACGAAGCAAGCGGCCACAUUUAGUACUCCUCUAGUGUCUACGACAUUAACGCCCAGCCAAGUUCAUACUUCACUGUCCUGCAGUGUUGCCAAUGGAAGCACAAGCAAUUCUGAGGUGAGAUAUGAAAAAAUAAUAAUAAUAAUGGAUCUACCAAAUGUCUGUUUGUUUUCAUUGUAAUAAUUAUUAUUAGUA